CAAAAUCCAAUAUGGAUUCUGUUUAGGGGUGUGCUGUUGAAGGUAGUUUCGUUUGUUUCAUUAUAAUGAGACUUUCCAUUUGUUUUAUACUGUAAACAGGUGUUUAUUUCAUAGUUGAGUUUUUUAUUACUACAGUUUGAAAGAUGGAAAAUUGUAAAGAAAUUUUAGACAGUGACUGUUCGGUUACUCGUGACCUCAAAGUGGAUGUCGUUUUAGACUCGUCAAUGAGUUGCGUUUCUGAACAAAUUGAUCUCUUGGAUCAAACUGUUGAAGACAAAAACCGUAACAUUACUUUGAUAAAAUCUAAAAGCAAAUUAGUCUUAGAAGAUAAACAGAUUCCGACUUCAAGUGAAAAAGAAAAAUCUAACGUAAUAGGCUUGCAUGUGGGACCAAAUGGACUUUUAAAUGGGUUAGAAAUUGAAAACAGUGCAAAUUUAUCUAAUUUAUUCGAUCAUAUUCCGAAAUCUGAAAUGCAUGAACCUUUGUGUACCCCUAGUUCUAGUCAUGUUACUCAAAAAAUAUCUUGUGAGAGAAAAUCAGGUGAUGUUUGUGAUGGUAGGACAAAAGAUCUUAGGACAGACAAGGAUAAUACACAGUUAAAAUCAGAAUGUUUAAGUGCUUCCACUAAUUGUAGCGUGUUAGACACAGGUACAUUAGAUGUCCAUUCUGAUAAUUCAAGAGAACAGUGUAAUGAUAAAGAAAGUGAAGAGUCUGGAGUAGAAUAUGUGUCAUAUAAGUCUGAGCUUCAAAUGCCUGACAUUAUGAGACUGAUUCAGAAAGACUUGUCAGAACCAUAUUCUAUUUAUACCUACAGAUAUUUCAUUCACAAUUGGCCAAAAUUGUGUUUUUUGGCAAUGGAUGGUUCUAAAUGUGUUGGUGCCAUUGUUUGCAAACUAGAUAUCCACAGAAAGGUUGUAAAAAGAGGUUAUAUUGCAAUGUUGGCAGUGGAUGAAAAGUAUAGAAAAAGGAAAAUCGGAUCAAAUCUUGUGCUGAAGGCUAUUCGAGCUAUGGUAGCUGAUGAUGCUGAUGAAGUAGUUUUGGAGACUGAGAUCACCAAUCGCCCAGCUCUCCGCUUGUACGAGAACCUUGGUUUUGUACGAGACAAGCGGUUGUUUAGAUAUUACCUCAACGGUGUGGACGCUCUGCGCCUCAAGCUAUGGCUCAGAUGAAACGCCUCGUGCCUAAUGCUCGUUAUGCCAAAUUGUAUAUGUAGCCAAUAUUGGUUUGUAAUAGUUAUAUUUAUUUUACCUUUAUUUGUGAUGUGUAAUUUACUAAACAUGCCAGUCUAUAAGAGUAAAAAUCUAAUAAUAUAUUUAUACAGUUUUUAAAUAACACGAUGGUAUUUGUUAAUAGAAUGUUAUUUUGAUAUCUUUUCAAUGGAAGAGUUUUUAUAUUGAUUACAGUUUAAAAAAUCAACAUAUUAGUUUUGUUGAGUCCAAUGGACUUGUAUCAAAUUAUUUUUUAGAGAUAGACAUUGUUACCUUUGUUUUUUUUCUUGUAAAUCUUUCUUAAUUAUACUCUUUUUGUAUAAUAAUUUCUCUUGAACAUGCUGUCAGAUGUUUAAAAUCUAUAAAAAGGUUUGUUACUUAGCUUAUAUUGUUUUGUUAUUAGUCAGAUUGUAAGUAAAUUAAAAGCUACCAAUAAUAAGUUAUUGUUCGAAUAACA